GUGGAUGGAGCAAUCGAUGGUUGUGUGAGAAAUAUCAACAAAUCGAACACAUGUUUAUUUGUUUUCGGCAGUCAGUAGAUUCAAUUUAGUUGUUUACUAGUGUUUGACUAGUUAUUUUUAUUCAUGCUCGUAAUCGUGUGAUGAAAAGAGCUGCUAAAAUGGACCAAUUGACGUAUAACACAGCUGUUAAGAGGGCUCAACUGGUCGAAAGGAAUCCCCAAUCGCAGUUGGAUCCGCUGCGUGUUUCAAUGCACCAGGAGGAGGAUAUCAUAGAACUGGCCCAACAGAUCCAAAAUGCAGACAAACAAUUAAAACACACUACUUGCCAUAAGCUGGGAGUUAUAAUGGAGCAGAUCAAGAUGCUCCAAGCCCAGGCCAUGAACAUACUGAAGGAGUCCAAUCUCAACCGAGAUCUGCACAGCGCUGCCUGCAAUUUCACCAAAAAACCCGGGCAAAUCUAUCAUCUUUACCAAAGGGCAUCGGGUCAAAACUAUUUUAGUAUGCUAUCACCGGAAGAAUGGAAUCUUUCUGUUGACCAGACCUUUAAGGGCAGCUAUAGGUUGGAAUACGAUUUGAGCUGGACCCCUGUCGACAAGAUUAAAGAGCAGGAUGAGAAGCUGAAGUGGGCGGAGGAAUGUAUGCAAAAGACUCUGGACAGUGAGCGAGGCUCGGCAAUGGCCAUUGACUUCAACAUCAAUCAUAAUUAAAACAUAAAAUAUAAAA